UUCGUUGGUUGGUUAGUGUCACCAUGAUAGGGUGACCAUGAUAGGUAUAGCGACCCAACCUACGGCUAGGGUAUACAAAAUUUGGAUGGAAUAUCACCAAAGCUUUUUUAUUUUGUUAAUCGCCUUUUUAUUUAGAUGUAAAACAAAUAAUUGUAGUGAAAAGUUAAUGUCUAUUGAGUUCCAAAAACUAAAGUGCAAGAACGAAUCGACAGCCAGACACCGGGCGAUAUUGAUUUUUUACACAAGGAAGGCAUGCUUCGAUUUAUUACUCAAAGACUCAAAAGCCAAUCUAUUAAUGAAGUUAAGCCAGUUGAUAAAGAAAGAGAUCAUUGUGAGUUUCCUGAAGAUAUGGAAGAUUGUGUAAUGGGAAAGAACGAAGUUAAUCUUCCUGAUUCGUUAAAUGAUGACAGCCAUCUAACAAGAGUAGCAAGUAUUUCAUCAGAGGACAAAGAAAAUGCGCACCAUGACGAAACAGCUGAUAGCUGUAACGAAUACUAUUGCAAGCAAUGUUGUGAAAACCAAAAUAACGAAUGUGCUUCUUGCUUGUGGAGGAAGUCCAUGAAAAAGUUAAUUCCCUACCAGCCAUUACCUAAUCACACGUUUAUGGAUUUUAAUCAGGGUGAAAAAAGGAAAUAUUCUGCAAGGAAGUGCAACCAUAUCCAGCUACCAUCUUUAAUUCAUCACAGUUCCAACGAUAGCAGUUCGUCUGACGAUGAAAUAAAAGACUUAUGCGCGAAAUAUAAAUGUGUCAGCUCGAGUCCUACGGAAAAAAAGACAAUCACUGCUACAUCUACCAUGUUGAAAUACCAUAAGCGUAUUGUUUGCGUGGAACGUGUGGGAGUGCCACGCCCUUCAUUGAACUUAGAAAAAAUGCAGCAGAAACUUUUCAAGAGGCAAAGACCAAGAUUAGUCAGAAUUAAGGCUGUGAAACCAUACAAGCCUAGCGAUUUAGGAGAUUAUGUAGCGUUUAAGCCGAUCAACGUGACCAAUGCAAAUUUUCCAACCAGUCGUUUAAUCCCUGUGGAGGAGCCGUUACAGACAUCGGGGUGUGUGUUCUAAAUUUUGCAUAGUUUUUUGCAUAGCAUGUUCAAAUCGAAGCUCAUGGGCUUCUGUUAUUUAUUUAAAAUAGUUGUUAUAUAAUUUUAUCUAUAUGUAUAUAAUAUAUAUUUGUUGAUAAUGUAAAAUAGUUUUUAAUAUACAUUUUAAAAUUCUUAUAUGGCAAUUGCUACGAAAUUUAAAAACUAAUUUUGUAUAGCUCAUGCUAAUAUAAAAAAUAUAUAUAUAUAUAACUUCUCGAAAAGGAGAAGUUUAUAGGUCAUAGGUUUUCAUCUGUAAAUUUAUUUAAAAUAUUUCUCCAUAUUAUUAUGGUUGAAAAUAAUAUCUGGAAGGUUGAAUUUGAAACGAGAAUGAAAAAAACCUCUUUUUCUCUCUGUAUCAUUUAUUUUAUUAGAAUGAUAUUUACCUCAUUUUCAAAACGAGGUUGUGUAAUACUUUAUAUCAUGUGCCGGCAUGACGUGUGUUUAAAACGACAAUAUAAUAUCAUUCAGUGAAGAAAUGUUUUUAAUUUGUGCCAUCCAAUCAGAAGGCGGAAGUAAUGAGGAGUUAUUUGUUGACAUCAUAUAUCCCAUCAUUCUAUGUGUACCCACCAGCCUUUUGGAAAUACUUAAAAAAUGGAGAUUCUCAAAAACCUUACUGCCUAAUGAUGCGUGGUGGUAACACGUAAUUUUUUAUAAAUACUCCUCUUGUUUAAUGUUAGGCCAAUGCAGCCUCGUCCCCAGGACUUUUUAGGCUUUUAUAUUUGUUUAGGCAGUUCAACUAUAAAAAGCCUAGCAAGUCCUUGGGAUGAGGUUGAGGCCAAUGGAAGUCUUUUGGGAUUCUCCUUCAUUUUGCCUUAGGAUUUCCUUUGUGCUUAUGUGAUAAUGAAUCAUGAAAUAUCGUACUUCCUCUGUUUGGCACACUUUAUUUAACCCCUCUUUUAAUUUAAAUUUUUAAAAUUUACACAAAAUUUGUCAGUUACUUGCGUAGUUAUACGCGAGCAUUCAUAAUUCCAUACUCAAUUCUAAUAACCAUCGUGGGGGUUUAUUUAAAGAUGGGGCUUAUUGGAAGGAGGGGCUUAAUCCAGUAAGUAAGUACGGUAGUCCCCGUUCUAUAUUCAGCCCCUCCUAUAUUUACCCCCUCCUCCCCAAGGAAAAAAAGAAAGGAAAAACAAAUCAAAUGGAUAAUAGUAGUUACAGAAACUCAAUAUUUUUCGUUAACCUAACGAUAUACAUGUGCAGCAUCAAGAUGGUUCUUGUAAUGGUUUAUUUAAUUGGCGACAGAAUGUUAAAUGAUGACGAAACAGAGAAAUUUAGUGUUAUGCAAUCCUGUUUCUUCCCAUCCAUUAACCUUCUAUCUAAAACCACGUAUAAAAAGCCCUAUGGUAUGGACGUAUGGUAUGGAAAAAACGAUAGCAAAGAACCUAAAGGAGAGGCGAUCAAAAAACAGCUACCAACAAGCUCUCUGCUGGCAAACGAGGUUAAGUAGAAAAAUAAAAUAACGAUUGUUUUCUUCAUACCUUAGUUUGCACCAGGCUUCACCUCAAGCAGAGCUCUCUCUCACCAUAUUGAAAGUCUUCUUUAUCUUAGAAAGGUUGCUACAUGCCCUAGAGGGUGGUGGAGGUUGGGAGGGGGAGCGAAGAGAGUUGGUACAGAGGUUGAUUCUCGUGAUUUUAUGGUCUACGAUGGAGCGCAGCAAGGUAAACAAGACGAAUGGAAACCCGCGUGGUGCACGUAAAAGGUGUGCAACGAGGAGAGGUAAAUAGUGAGCAAUUUUAAGUUAUUCCCUUUUUAGUUGAAACAAUUAAUUUAUGUACAAAAUCAUUAGUUAUUUUAGCCAUCUUAAAAACUGUCUUACGAGGUGAACCUUCAAGUUUGGUCUUUCACAGAGCUAAAGUUUGCUAGUAAAGCUAGCAAUCUAGCUGCAUAACAAAUCAAAUUAAAUUAAAUCAAAUAUAUUUCAUGUAGCUAGCUAACCCGCCAGCUAGCUAGCUGGAGUUAGCUAGUGUAAGUUACCAGGACAGCAAUUAGCAUUCUGUGAGGGGCCUGCCAUUAAUUUUUCAUAUCCCAAUGCAGGAAUCCCACAGACUUUAUAUUUGAAUCAAAUCAAAGUAACAUAUUUCAGUAGGAAGUACAGAUCAACCAGGUUACUGUGAAAAUAAAUAAAUGUUACAGAGCUUGAGUAAAAACUAGAGUAAAGCAUAAGCUAUUUCCCAAGCUCUUUCUGGCGAUAAGUACGCUACCAUGGAAACUGUUACAGUAAGAUGAGCUUGUAAUGGCACCAAUCACCAUUGACAGGACAUGACAUCACAUGAAGUGGCAAUAGAUAGAUAGAUAGAUGUGCAUAUUUUACAUGGCUAGCCUCACAAAUAUCGAGGGAUAUACCCUGUCUAUUAUUUCCAGGAGGGGCCAUGGCGUAGAUGAAGAGUCCUAGAGUAUUUAAUGCUCAUUUUGAGCUACGCAGACCCAAUUAGAGCUCGCGCUCUACUAGACAACUCCCGGCAACAUCCAACGGCCCACACAGUGUGCCAUCUUCCCAAUUUCCCUCACAUGGCUUGGGUUAACCCGGGGCUAUGGUAACAUUCACUCGCCCAUGUUGAAUCGCCGUCAAGAGGAAUCGAACCCCGGUCUCCCGCACAGAGUACGAGAGCUAUAACCACUAAUCUACGGCGCCACAAAGUGUUAAUAAAAGUGUACAUAAACAGCAGAAGUAUUAAUCAGUAUGAAGCAAGAGUUUUGUACUUAAUGCAAGAUUUAAAUUGAUUUCAAUACACUUUGUCUUAGAACAAAGGUCCAAUGACACCAAGAUGCUAAAACUUGAUGGCGAAUAGAUUUUAAUCCAAAACUAGUAGUACAAACAGAUUGAUAGUUUAUAAGACCAAGGUGUUGAGACCUAGUGUUGUAGGGAUGGGAGAAGUCAACUGCAAAUGUAUUAAGGAUAGGCUCUGGUACAUUUUUAUUAAAAAGAUCAUGUAUGAAAAGUGUAUUUAGAGCAUGAAUCAAGUCCCUGAACUUCAAAAGACCUAACUCUGAGUAGAGCCUAUUUGACAGUGUUGUAAGAUCAGCAAAACUAAUCAAUCAAACAGUGCAGAAAUUCUGUUAAUAUUGAUAUUUGAGAACAGUAGUUUAUGUUUGAAUAGAAAAGUGCAAAAUACAAUGUAAGCAAAACCUCUUUUGGAAGCAUGUGUUUUAUUUUCGUAAGGAUUCCAUUAGCUCUCUUAAGGUGUGAGUAAGGGAAAAAAAUAUUUUUUUUUGCAAAUUUUUUUUUAACUUCUUUUAUAAAAAGAAAAGUGAACUUUUUAAUGGUGAAAUUAUUUUUUUAUAAAAUAGGAUAGAAAUGCGACUUUUUUCCAAAAACACAAUCCUCAUCAUUUGUCUUCCAGCUGAAUGUGCUAAAAAGAUCAAAAAAAAAUAGAGGUGUAAAUGUUUAUGUUUCUCACUUUGGGAAUAAACUGUGAUAUGAGCAUAUUUUGUAACAAUAACGUAACCACAACCAAUGUUGUAAAAAACGAUACCAUUGAAUUUUUUGUAUUGCUUUUCUUUUAUGAUUAUUUGUUUUUAUCCGAUCAAUUAAAAAUCACUUUUUUCAAUUUAUCUUUCAUUAAUGCUUUUUCCGGAAAAAGUUUUUUUUACAAGCGAGCAACACUAACAACAUCAAGCUAUAUAAAAUAUUAAAAAAUGUCUACUUAUCGUCAAAAAGCUUCUGUUACUUCAAGAAGGAGAAAAAAAAUUAGAAGAAAGUGUUUUAACUCUCCAGCCAGGCGAAGAUUGAAAAUAAAUAAUAAUACGCAAAUUGAACAAAAGCGUAAGUGGAAAGAAAAUAAUGGAUGUUUUAUCCAGCGAUAGAGAAUAUGACUCAGACAUUUAUGUUAUCAUAUCAUUUUUUUAAAUCUCUAUUCCAUCAGAUUUUGUAACAUUUUUUCCUUUUCCUUUUUGUUUAUUUUUACUUUGCCCGUCUCUCUUCUUGUGAAUAUUUUUUUAAGUGCGAAUAUGAGCAGACACACGCGUUGUACAUAAGUUGUUAAAAACUACAUUUAACUAUACAAAAGUGAUGAUAUUUUUAAAAAUAUUUAAAGCUCUUUUUCGCAAUGUUCAUUUUUUGUGUUAGUACUACUAGCCUUUUUAUCUUCAUUUACAAAACUAUAAAAGCUACAAGGUGGAGUGUGAGUGGCUUUUAAAGACAUAUGUUGUAUCCAAAAACGAUUUUAAAUUUAAUUUGUAAGUGUGAACAGAUUUCGAGUUAUGAUGUAUUUUUUAGCGAAUUAUGGUUUGUAAUUUGAUAAAAGAAGUUAAUGGAAAAUAUCUUCAAAACGGAAAAUAAUUACAGUUUAAUUUUCAGAUCGUUUUUAGAUCAAUGUGUUGUGAUUACAAAACAGUGAACAUCAAUCAUACAAAACUAAAAGUUUUGUAAAUGGAGAUGCAUUAGUAAAGGGGGGUCAUUUUUUAGCGUCUUUUAACGUCUUCAAUUUUAUUUCGCUUUCAAUAAUUUCUAUAUCAUCUUUUAGGCAAUUUUAUAAACUUUCAGAAAAUAUUAAAUAUCAUUAUUAGGCCACCAUCAAAAAUAUGUUGUGUUCGCGUCCUGAAGACCCCGGAAAAAUGAGUCGGUCGGGCGUAUUUUACCCCGGGAUUUUCAGAUCGGAGAAGGCAAUUUCGUUCCCAGGGUCAAGACAGUAUAGCGCCACUCGACAUCGUUUGUGGACCAUUUUUCGCCGCCCUGUAAACUGUCAGUAGCCACAGGAAUGCCCUAAAGGAAUUAAUUUUUACCGAAAUUAAUUUUCGCGAGUUUUUGUCAAUUUUGCAUAAAUUAGUUCUAGUAAAAAAAAAAUUCUUUUUAAAAAAUAUGUCGCGAAAUUUUUUCCCGGUCUUUUUCCGACUUACCGACGCGGGUUUUUAUUACCAAAAGGGAGUCGGUCAGAGGACACGAACACAACAUAUUUUUGAUGACAGCCUUACAACUUUCACGUAAUUUUAAUAGAAGCUAUUCUAAAACAUCAAAGUUUUUCCCUUACUCACACCUUAAAGGGAACUUGAGGUAUAAAAUGAUGUUGGACUUAUAUUACAGAGCUUAAAAAGUUGGUUAACAAGUUUUUUAAAGUUUUUUAAAAAGCUCUUUUUGUUCUCAAGAUAUUCACAUUUAAAGAAUUUCAUAUUUAAUUAUGCUGCAAAAAUUGUGAUGUCAUAUUUAAGCAAUAGCAUUAUUUUUUUCACAUGUUCUGUCAUCAUUAAUUUUAGACAUAUUAAAGGACCCAAUAACUCAGGAUCUGCAACUUGGUUUGCAAUAAAAAAAUUUGUGUAAGCUUGCAUAUGCCCCAUAUGUUUGCUCACAAAAUUUGAUUGCAAACUGAGGGUCGUCAGCAAGAAAUAAGAGGCCUGGGACGAGCUAAAAAAUUUAUUUUUGGCAAAAAAAUUGUGUUAUCAAUGCAUUGAUAAAGUUUGAAAGCACAUCCCUUAACAGGUUUAAAAUGAAUGAUUAAGACCCAACUAAGGUCCUUGCCCUGCCAGACAACUCCCUGCAACAUCCAACUGAACUAUCAAGGCUUAUUUAUAUAAGCUAAUAAGUUUGCCUAAAAAUCAACAUCCUUCCUCCAUCAUUUCCCUAUCCAAUGUGAAAGAACCUUAAAAGUGCUAAAUCUAUAGCUGCACACAACACAUUCAAGCUCUUCAAACCUUCCAGCCCAUCCUUUAAAACUGCCUUUUGCUACAUCAGCCAAAAACAUUUUAAAAGUUAAUGAUUUAAUAUUUUAAACAAUUAGCAUCCACAGACUCUAAUACAGACACAAUACUUCCUAAGAUUAACACUUACCAGCACACAUUAACACUUACCAAUCACAGUACUGAUUGUUGAGCCAGUGUACCAUUUAUGGGAAUCUUAUCCAACUAAUUAAUCUUGUUUGCCUGGUACGGAUAGACAAACCAACCCAACUAUCAAAAAAAUUUCAGAAAGUGGGCAACUGCCUGUCAACCUUUAACAACCUGUCAACCUCCAACAACCUGAUAUGACUUGACAAUUGAAGGGUUGUUAUUCCAGACUGUUAUAUACAACUCAUUCUGUCAGUUCUUCAUUUGGCGCACAAAGGCAUCAGCUCAAUGACUAGGCGUGCUAAUAAGUCUAUGUAUUGGCUGGCCAUGCAAAAGUCAAUUAAGAAUUAUGUUAUACCUAGUUUAAAUGAAAUAACAUUUCACCCCAACAAUGCAAGCAGCACCCUAUUCUUGGUGUUAAAUUCGGCAAACACAUUUUCAAUAAUACUGCUGCAGAUGGUUUUUUAUAUAAUGAUAAGCAGAAAGAGACAUAUUGCAGUACCCAACAACCUGAGUCCUGCCCAACUGCAUAUUCACUGCAAGAUGCUAGACUGUAUGCCUGUUCUUCUAUAGUAUGAUCGUCCCCACAAGCAAGAGCACAAUUGUGAACUAUCAUGACCUUUUGUAUCCUUGCUUGUUGCACAGUAUGUUUUAAUUUUGACUACCAACCAUCAUUUAACUAGUUGAUGGGAAAAAGAGGGAAAAAUGGUAAAAAAAUCUGGUUGAAUUGUACAGUACCGCCUGCGUGUAACUUUACAUGUACGCGAGUUUUACGACCUCAUGUAACGAUCUCAUGUCUACAUAAAGAACGUUCACAUAUCUUUUGUUUACACACGAACUUAAUUGCUUUCUAUUCUUAUCGUCGUGCGCGAGUCAUCACAAUAAGAUUUGAUGAAUCCUUUUGUUGUCACAUGUAACAUGCAUGUUAUUGUUUAAAAGUGUUAAAGAUCACGAAGGCUAUUGAAAUAUAUUAUUUUAGAAAAAAGAACGAACAUAACACAAAAAAACUAAUGUUGCUACUUUUUAAAACUUUUAAUAAUAAUUCUUUAUCAUCGAAGCAUAUUUUUUAACAUGCAAAACUUUUAAAAGUUCUUCUUAUAAAAAGCAACGUUUAACAGCGCAAACGGAAAAACCCUACUUUCAGGACUUUCCCCUUUACGAUAAGAUUUUGAAAACAAAUUAAAUUUCAAUACCGAAGAAAGAAAAAUCUAAAAAUCUAACUUUUGACGUUCUUGACAGAUCUAAUUGUGAGAA